AUGGAUGAUUCACGGCCAGUUGAUCAGAGAUUCACCAAAGCACUGCCAAAGAUUGAGCUGCAUGCUCAUCUCAGCGGCAGCAUCAGUCGCCAAUGCCUGCAUGAAAUCUGGAAACGCAAAAAAGAGCGGAAUCCAUAUUUCGACGUAGAGGAUCCACUGGUGCUCAUGCCUCCGGGCAAAGUUGAUUAUACACUGGAAACGUUCUUCUCAACAUUUUCCAAAUUGACAUACCAGCUCUGCAACGAUCUAGAAAGCUUGGUGUAUGCCACAAAUUCAGUCCUCGAGGACUUCCUCGGUGAUGGAGUAGUGUAUCUGGAGCUACGGACCAUACCAAGAGCAUCUCCUGGAAUCACUCGAGAACAAUACAUCAACACAGUUCUGGAUACAGUCGAGAAAUUCCGAGAAAAAACUAAACGCAUGUCUGUGUUUUUAAUUUUAGCGAUCGAUCGCGGCAGCAUGAUAGCAGCGGAGGCGGAAGAGAUCGUCAAUCUCGCGAUCGAAAACAAAUCGCGCGGGGUAGUGGGGGUGGAUAUCUGCGGCAACCCAACCAAAGGCGAUGUCAGCAUUUACAAGGAACCAUUUUCAAGAGCCAAAGCCAAUGGGCUAGGCAUCACCCUUCACUUUGCCGAGACGACAGCCUCAGCUUCCCCGAGCGAGCUAGCGACCCUUCUUUCUUUCCAGCCUGAUCGACUGGGCCAUGUCAUCCAUGUACCCGACGAGAUCAAGAAGGAGAUUGCCCGCCGCAAGCUUGGGCUGGAACUGUGCAUUUCUUGCAACGUCCAUGCAAAAAUGAUUAAUGGAGGCUUCUUGGAUCACCAUUUCGGUUAUUGGCGACACGAGGAGUGUCCAAUUGCGCUGUGUACUGACGACGUGGGAUUUUUCUGUAGCCCCGUCUCGAACGAGUACUUGUUGGCCGCACAACAUUUUAGCUUGACUCGUACUGAUCUCUUGGAUAUGUGCCUCAAGUCUGUAGAUGCUAUUUUUGCGGGCGAGUACUACAAGGGGAGAAUCCAAGCUAUGCUUGAAGUAUUUGCUACUCGGUUUAACUCUGCAUGA